ACAGGCAGAAUCAAUGGAAGAAUCUCUAAAACAAGAGAUUGCUAGGCUUGAAGAACAACUAGCUGAACAGAAGAACAUACUGGAGAUGACGUCAGAGGAAAAUGCAUCAUUGAAAAAGGAACUGGAAGAGAAAGAAGAAGGAAAGAAAGUGGCAAGCGAGGAUAAAUUUUCCAAGCUCAAAGUAAUUUAUGGCAAGUUACGCGAAGAACACAUACAACUGCUGAGAGGAAAUGCAGAAGUGAAACAGAAGCUGAAUGCUUCAGAAAAGGCUAGAAAAGAAUGUACUGAGACAAAUGAAAAUCUGAGUCAAGAACUCCAAGCAAAGACAAAUGAACUGGAAGAAGUUCAAAAACAACAUGAACAAGAAGAAAAUGCAAGAAAGCUUGCAGAGGCCACCGUUGAACAACUGAGAAUAGAACAUGAUGAGAAGGUUAGUAGUAUAUACGUAUACAUACACAUUCAGUAAUUACGAUCAGCAGUU